AUGAAUGUGUCAUGUGAACGUCCAUUUUUCUAUGUAAAUGGCCAAACAAUAUUUUAUGUGUUUGAUGUGCCACAUUUGCUCAAGUCUACUAGAAAUAACUUCUUCAAGUACCAAUUAACAUUUUUAAAUAGUACUACCAAUAAAAAGUAUCUACUUGAUUUUUAUAAAUCUGACCGAGGCUUAAAUCGCCUUGCACCGAAGCUGACCGAAAUUCAUAUCAACCCUGGACCAUUUCAGAAAAUGAAGGUCAAAUAUGCAUGUCACAUUUUUAGCAACACUGUAGCAGCCGGUAUGAAAUGUUGUGUUCAAGGUGGUACAUUGCCUUUAUCUGAGAAUACUACAAUAUCAUUUAUUGAACAUAUGGCCAAAUUAUUUGACUUGUUAAAUUCAAAAAAAAAAUCUGGAAGCAAAGAUUUUAAUCGAUCUUUUAAAAACACACCGAACCAGAGGGAACAUUUAGUGUAUAUGCUUGAUGUUUUCAAAAACAUGAAAGUACUAGAUCCAAAAAUAGUCGAUGGUCAGAUUAUAAUUAAUGAUGUAACAAAACGCAUGCAUUUUUUUAAAUGGAUGGACUAUAACAAUUAG